GGAGUUGGUGGUGGGGAGGGAGGGAGGGAGGGGAUUUCUCGGGCGCCGCGGCGAUGGGGGCGCGCUGAUUGGGUCGCCGGCCGCGAUCUUUCAGUCCAGAUUUCCUUGGGCGGGCCCGUGCGUGAUCUUGCCAUGGGUUCGAUUUGUUCUUGUUAGAUCGCGGCUAGGAGAUCAGCGAGCGCGCCCAGAUUUCUCCCUUUCCGGAUCAGUCUCAUCCGAGAAGAUAAUAAGCCGAGCGGGAGGGGGAGAGGCCAUGAUGCUGGAGGGCAAAUCCUGCCUCGUCUCGCGCUCCCUGCCCAGCUACUGCGACCCGGACUCCGACUGGGCGUUCCUCCUCAGCGGCAGCAAGCGCCCCGCGCCGGAAGACUUCGGCGCGGAAGACAUGGAGGAGGUAGACGCCGGCGGCGGCAGCGGGAAGCGCAGCAAGUCGCCUUCCCCGCAGCCGCACACGCCGGACAUCACCGAGAGCCACGGCUCCAGCCGCCAUGCCUCCUCAGGCAGCAGCGGCGGUGGGGAGCAGCAAGGCUCUGGGGCCAAUCUCAUUGGCGAGAUUGGCCGCGACCUCUCCAUCAACUGCCUCCUCCGGCUCUCCAGGUCGGACUAUGGCUCCGUCGCCUCCCUCAACAGGGACUUCAACUCCCUGGUGCGCAACGGGGAGAUCUACCGCCUGCGGCGGCAGAAUGGUAUCGCCGAGCAUUGGGUCUACUUCUCCUGCAAUGUCCUGGAGUGGGAUGCCUAUGACCCCUACAGGGAGCGCUGGAUCCAGGUGCCCAAGAUGCCACCGGAUGAAUGCUUCAUGUGCUCUGACAAGGAGUCCCUGGCUGUGGGCACCGAGCUGCUUGUGUUUGGGAUGGCACACAUUGUGUUCAGAUAUAGCAUCCUGACCAAUUCAUGGACAAGGGCUGAUCCCAUGAACUCUCCCCGGUGCUUGUUUGGAUCAACAAGCGUCGGUGAAAAGGCGUAUGUCGCUGGAGGCACCGAUGCUUCUGGAAAGAUACUGAGCUCUGCAGAGAUGUAUGACUCUGUGACACACACUUGGACACCCCUUCCCAGCAUGAAUAGGGCUAGGAAGAUGUGUUCUGGUGUGUUCUUGGAUGGCAAGUUCUAUGUGAUCGGUGGUGUUACCAACAACAACCAGGUACUGACAUGUGGUGAGGAAUAUGACUUGAAUCGGGGUUCGUGGAGGGUCAUUGAGAACAUGUCUGAGGGCCUCAAUGGAGUGACGGGUGCUCCUCCACUCAUUGCAGUUGUCAACAAUCAGCUCUAUGCAGCUGAUUACAGUGAGAAGGAUGUGAAGAAGUAUGACAAGCUGAAUAAUAAGUGGAUCGCUCUUGGGAAAUUGCCUGAACGGUCUGUGUCCAUGAAUGGAUGGGGCCUUGCUUUCCGAGCCUGUGGUGACCGGCUGAUUGUCAUUGGAGGCCCAAGGACUUCUAUUGGUGGCAUCAUUGAGCUUAAUUCAUGGGUUCCCGAUGAGCAACCGCCUGUGUGGAAUUUGGUUGCCACACGGCAAUCCGGGAACUUCGUGUAUAACUGCGCCGUGAUGGGUUGCUGAGUCCACUGAAUAAAGAUUGGAUGCAGUGGAUAUUUAUGAAGGAUGAUAGUAUGCACAAAGGCAGCCUGUUCAAUUGCUCCAGCCCUGAUUCUUCGUAGGGAUUUAUGCCUUCUGCCCAGUUAACUGGACAUCUGCUGAGCGGCAGCACUCAUGUAACCCUUGAGUUCUAAUACUUCUGUUUUCCUUGCUAAUCCAUUUCUACAUUUGCAAUUUGGAUCAACAGCUCGUGAUUUCAAAGAUACGAGACUAUGCAAAAACAGUGUUAUAUUAAUAAUCUAGAAACAACUUCCAGAAUGCUCGCCUUUCACUGUUGAUGAUGAACAACCUGUUAAGCAAUA